AUGUCUCAAUGUCCUGUGGAGACUUACGAAAGUCUAGGCUGUGCUUCCUCCAUCAAAAAGACCCUUAAUGGUAUACCCGGGGUGAAGCAGGUAGAUACCUCUGUUGAACAGCAAUCUGUCACUGUGGUUACGGAUGAUAACGUGGCCUUCGAUGCAAUCUCGCGAGCAAUCCAGUCGACAGGAAAGGAACUGAAAGGUGGAGAGGUCAUAGCAACUGGAGAAGCGAGCAAUGGGGACUAA